AGACAACCUAAAAGAGAAAAAAAUAUCCUUCGUCAGUCGAUAAAAAUGGCGACCCGUCUCCUCAGAAUCGGAACCGCAUUACGAACUUAUUCAGACAAGACCAAUCUAGUAAAGACACGUAAACAAUGGAGGUCAACAGCAGCAUCGCUCAAGGAGACGUUGAUAAAUCAACCACCGACAAAAACUACGACACUCGACAGUGGAAUGCGCGUAGCCAGCGAGGACAGUGGAGCAGCAACAGCAACUGUUGGCUUGUGGAUUGAUGCUGGAAGCCGUUGUGAAACUGACAAGACCAAUGGAGUUGCUCAUUUUAUGGAGCACAUGGCUUUCAAGGGAACAUCUAAACGAUCGCAAACUGACUUGGAGCUGGAAAUUGAAAACAUGGGAGCUCACUUGAAUGCCUACACCAGUCGGGAGCAAACUGUAUUUUACGCAAAGUGUUUGUCAGGAGAUGUUCCAAAAGCUAUUGAAAUUCUCAGCGAUAUUAUCCAAAAUUCUAAACUCGGUGAGAGUGAAAUUGAACGUGAGCGAGGAGUUAUUCUUCGUGAGAUGCAAGAAGUCGAUACUAAUCUUCAAGAAGUAGUAUUUGACCAUUUGCACUCUACAGCUUUUCAAGGUACUCCAUUGGGCCGUACAAUACUUGGACCCACUGAAAAUAUUAAAUCAAUUACACGUAAAGACCUGGAGCACUACGUUAAAAGUCACUAUGGACCUCCAAGAUUUGUUUUAGCUGGAGCUGGUGGAGUUGACCACGGACAGCUUGUUGAACUAGCUGACAAACACUUUGGUAAAAUGAAGGGACCUGUUUACGAAGAAAUUCCACCUGUUUUGACUCCAUGUCGUUACACUGGAUCUGAAAUUCGUGUUCGGGAUGAUUCAAUGCCAUUGGCCCACGUUGCUAUUGCCAUUGAAGGAGCUGGAUGGGCCAGCGCUGACAACAUCCCUCUUAUGGUUGCCAACACACUUUUGGGAUCUUGGGACAGAAGUCAAGGUGGUGGUGUUAACAACGCCUCUCAUUUAGCUAAAGCCUCCGCUGAGGAUGGACUUUGUCACAGCUACCAAAGCUUCAACACCUGUUAUCAAGAAACUGGACUAUGGGGAGUUUACUUUGUCUGUGACCCAAUGCAGUGCGAAGACAUGGUUUGGAAUAUCCAACAAGAGUGGAUGAAACUCUGCACCAGUGUAACUGAAAAGGAGGUAAACAGGGCUAAAAAUAUGCUCAAAACAAACAUGUUACUUCAAUUAGAUGGUACUACCGCUAUUUGUGAAGACGUUGGAAGACAAAUGCUCUGCUACGGUCGACGAAUUCCUCUCCACGAGCUAGAAGCUAGAAUUGAUAGUAUUACUGCCAAGACUAUUCAGGAUGUUGGUAUGAAGUAUAUUUACAACCGGUGUCCAGUUGUCGCAGCCGUUGGUCCAGUAGAAAAUUUACCAGAUUACAAUACGAUGAGAGCAUCCAUGUACUGGAUCCGUGUUUAA